GGAUUUUUGAGCAAGGAGGACUUCUAGAUAAAAACAAUUUUGGCACGUCAAUGGAGGCUGCAGGAGGCAAGAGGGGGAUACAGGUUUUACCAUCAUGAGUGCAGCUGUCCAGAUUUUGUUUUUCAGUAAUUAGCGAACGAUCCAAUAGGCCCACUGGAAGUACUUGUUGGCGGACAGGAGGAAUUUUUCCAAUUAGGAAUUGCAGAAAUAAAGUUACGUUCACCAUUAUGACAGCGAGCUUGCUACUGCCGCGCCCUUGUUCAAUUUUACGUCUCUUUCACCAAGAAGUCCUGCUGGAGGUAAUGCGAUCGAGUGGUUUCAAAAAAUAUUUAAGUGAAAUUCAUCUUAGAGUACAGCAGACACAUUAUUAAGCAACAGAUACGAGAAUGAGGAAAAUAAACUUCGGGAAUAGGCUAAUGCAAUAGGUUGAAGACUUCUACUUCUAUCACUAUCACGGUCUUCAUCGAGAAACGAAAAGUUGCCGAUUUUUUUUCCAACUAUGGCUUUAGAUGAUCAUGAUCUCUCAAACGAGAGCAAGAGUUUAGAAAGGAAUAGAAGCUGUUUUGUUUUCAAUAUGUUGACGGAGACGGGGUGGGACUUCCUUUCGCUCCGCUGUCAUGUCGUUAAGCCACAAAAGAAGAAGUGCACUGUAGUCGUGCGGUAGAUUUUGUUUAAACUUUGAACAAGCUGCGUGGUUUCAUCGCCGCCACGGCAGAUGAAAGAAUGUACAAAUUAUACAAGAUGCCAAGAACAGAAACAGUCGUCUCCAGUGUAAUCUUUGUCAAAGAACAAACGACCAUGGAGAAGUUUAGCAGGGGCAUUGGACGAAUUGAAAUGUUCAGAAUGUUGAAUGCAAUACGCUGUAAAUGUGGCACCACACGUACUAAGUGGAACUUUCUAGGAAUGAGGAAAUUUUGAAUAAAUUGCCCCCCCUUCGAAUUCUCUUCCGACUGUAGCAGCUUUUCGUAGCUGUGUUUGGCUGGCGUGGCGCGCCAGCAUUUGUUUGUUGUAUUCGAAAAUGGAAAGGGGAAGCGACUGCGUCAGAGUUCAGACGCAUUGCCGCGCAGUGAAAUCACCAAAGCAGGCUGGCGGCUUUUCGGGUGCCACUCACCUCGAUAGCCAACCAGCCAUCGCCGGAGGCUCAACACACACCCACAAAGCCGCGCUUCAUCUGAAUAACGGCAGCGAUCUCUACAUGUGCAUCGCAGUCAGAGCAGCGCGCUAAGGUGGCAGGUCUUUGAGGUCUCUGGGCCUAUUCUACCGAACACCAGCCCCCCGGCAAUCCCCUAGUGGGGAUCCCAACCUAACGCGGCAGCCCUGAAAGGGGCCAGUGGGGUCGGACGCGUGGCCUAGCCGUCUUGAGGAGGUGCGGAAACAUUUGAAAAGAAAGGCGGAGGACUACCCCGGCGCCCUCAAGUGCGGCGGCCGGGUUUUGGCGGGGUGCCCCAACAAAGGUCGCGCCCGAGGGCUCAGCCCCGCGUUGAUUUUUUUGCUAUUUCUUCCAUGCUUCAAAUAGCGCUCUGCGCUUUCCGCUCGUGAUUCAAUUUCCGAGGAAAAUGCCGAAGGGGGGGUCGCGGGGGGGCCGGAUUGGGCCUCCGGAGGGCCCCCUCUGAAGGGGGCCAAAAUCGCCCCCGUGCCGUCGUGAUUCAAUUUCCGAGGAAAAUGGCGAAGAGGGGGCUCUGAGUUUUCCUCGGAAAUUGAAUCGCGACGGUAUGGCGCCGUUUUUUGCCUUGUUUCGAGGCGAGUCUGGGGCCUGGUCUGUUUUGCUGGCUUUCCCGGGCUCCCUUUUUUGGGUAGCGAGCGCGGCAGCAAAACACGCCCGAAGCGAGGCCAAAACCACCACCAUAGCACCGCGAUUCAAUUUCCGAGGAAAAUUUCGAGUCCGGCGCGAAAUGCCCGCAAGUUGAAGGCGUUAGGAGCAAAGACGCGGCAGGUUGAUUCACGGUGGGAAGCUGUCGACGGCGUGGGAUGUUUGGCGCGGUUCGGUAAGGGGGUACACCUGCCCCGCUAUAGAGUGUUUAUUUGUAGCGCAUGGCGUCCAUGGGUAGGAAGGUCCAUGGCGCCUGAGGUUUUGGCUUAAUAGCUUUGAGAAUGAUGCGCGUGUGUGGAGGCGCCACCGUUCGGAGAGCCAUGCGUUGUCUUUUUGAUGCAGCCGCGAUACAGGCCAUUAUAUGCGAGCCGCGGAUGACUCUCCAGGCUCGGCUACCGCAGUUGUCCGCGGGGCUCUUCGAGCUCUUCUUGCGCAGCGGUAUUCGCAAAUGGGCCGGCACGGGGCCGCGACCUGAUAUCUCCACCUGCCUACUUUCAUCUGGGGAUUGAAAUUUUUCGAAUUUUCCUCAUUCCUAGAAACUUCCGCUUAGUAACACGUAGGAAAAAUGAAGACACAGCAGAAAAAUCAAGAAGCGGCUUCUCGUGCUGCUGA